AUGUGUAGGGUUUUGAAGGAGAAGUUGAGCAAAGUGGAUCUGAGUUUCUUGAAUCACAAGAAAAAGAUGACAUUCUGGAUCAAUACCUACAACGCAUGCGUCAUGAAUGGAUUUUUGGAACAUGGACUACCUUCAUCAAAGGAGAAACUACUGACCAUUCUCAAAAUGGCAACUAUUGACGUGGGAGGCACGCAACUAUCUGCCCUAGAUAUUGAAGGAUCCAUCUUGCAUAGUCCAUGCAAACCCUUGGAAGCUCUAAGUACUGAUGUACACAAACGGUACGGAUUCAGAUGCGUUGAACCGAACCUAAUGUUCGUGCUUUGUCGUGGAGAUUGGUCUUCGCCUGCAUUGAGAGUCUAUACAGCAGAAGAUGUGGUGAACGAACUAAUCAAAGCAAGAACCGAGUACUUAGAAGCCUCCAUAGGUAUCUCGGGGAGGAAAAAGAUUGUGAUUCCGAGAUUCUUGCACAAGCGUCUUCGUGAUUUCGCAGAUGAUGAAGGGACAUUAGUUGAGUGGAUAUGCAGGCAGCUACCACCAGGACAACGUUGCUUGCAGCUCAAGGAAACAGCAAUGGAAUGGCUGAAGAAGCAAAGUGAGUCGUCUUUGAACAAAUUAAUAGAAGUAAGGCCUCACGAAUACGAGUUUCGCUAUCUCUUACAUUUGUAA